AUGACUCGCGGGUGAUAUUUGUACAAGUGCUUCGAGUUUGUUUCUACAAGAUGUGUUCCACAAACCCAGCAAACUGGGUCACUUUUGAUGAUGAGCCCCUCUUCCCAUCUCCUCCAAAAUCAGUUGAAAAUAAUAGUAAAGCAAAUGGUCUCAAGCUCAAUCUUCCUAAUGCACAUGAAUCUUCCAGUAGGUCAUCUUCUACGGGCAGCACUCCACUUUCUUCUCCUAUGGUUGACUUUUAUUUCAGUCCGGGACCUCCUAGUAACUCACCGCUUUCUACACCUACCAGAGACUAUCCAGGAAUUCCCUGCAUUCCCAAAUCAGGGGUUCAUAUACUUUAUCCCAUUCCUGAAUUCUCAUCAAAUAUUAACCUUCUCCCACCUCCUGGAACCUGCUCUUCUCAAAAACUGGGCAGUAUGCCUUUGAAAGCUGCAGCUAAUGAUAAUCCAUCUAAGCUUUUGGUCUCCAAGUCAACAGCCACAGAUGAAGUAAAUCCUACUUGGAAAGAAAGCUGUAAUAAGUUAGAAGAGCCUUUGGAAUCUGACUGCUUCCAGUAUUUUCAGAGUGACUGUGCUUUCUCUAGCCCCUUUUGGAAAGAAGGGUGUUUGCCCAGCAUUUCCACGUCUCAUGCUAAUACACAAAGCCAUAUUUGCCACGAUCAGAAAAGCCUUAAUCAGGGUUCAUUCAACUAUAUUUGUGAAAGGCUUGAACAUCUUCAAACUGAUGCUCAGGCGAUGGGAGGUCUGUCUGUCUCUAGUACACACACAUGGUGUCAUCCCUGUUCGGUCAUUCCACACAGUCUGUUCAGGAAUCAGAAAAAGGAGGGUUGGCCUUUCAUGCUGAGAAUUCCUGAAAAGAAAAACAGGAUGUCAUCUCGGCAGUGGGGCCCUAUUUACCUUAAAGUUUUACCUGGGGGCAUUUUACAAAUGUACUAUGAAGAGGGCCUUGAAAAACCUUUCAAAGAAUUCCAGCUACAACCCCACUGUAAACUCUCAGAGCCCAAGCUAGAAAACUGUAGUAUUUCAGGAAAAAUCCAUACAGUGAAGAUUGAGCAUGUGUCUUAUAUAGAAAAAAGAAAAUACCAUCCCAAAGUAGAAGUGGUCCAUGAACCAGAGACUGAACAGAUGCUGAAGUUAGGAACUACAGAGUUUAAUGACUUAACCGACUUCCUUGCGACAGUUGAGGAAGAGCUGAUGAAGCUUCCUGCCCUUUCUAAACAAAAGAGAAAUUAUGAGGAACAAGAAAUAAUAUUAGAAAUAGUAGACAAUUUUUGGGGGAAAAUCACUAAAGCAGAAGGAAAACUUGUAGAAAGUGCUGUCAUCACACACGUUUAUUGUCUGUCCUUUGUGAAUGGAAAUACUGAAUGCUUUUUAACUUUAAAUGAUCAAGAGCUCCAGAAGAGAGAUGAAUGUUAUUUUGAGAAAGACCUGGAAAAGAAAUGGAUUGAUAUUCUUGACUACCAUUUCCAUAAGUGUGUCAAAACACAUGAAUUUGAGCAAACAAGAGUUAUUAAGUUUACACCCCCAGACGCCUGUAGGUUAGAACUGAUGCGUUUCAAGACUCUGUAUAAUGGAGAAGACCUUCCAUUUUCUGUGAAGGCUGCCGUAGUUGUUCAGGGAGCAUAUAUAGAGCUUCAGGCUUUUCUAAACAUGUCGUCGACUGCUCUGAUUCCAACCCGCUUGCAUUCCAUGAAAUACUGUGAAAAUGUCAUGAUACAUUUUCCUGUUCCUGCACAGUGGAUCAAAGCACUUUGGACUAUGAAUCUCCAAAGGCAGAAGUCUCUGAAAGCCAAAAUGAACAGAAGAACAUGCCUUGGUUCUUUACAUGAAAUUGAGUCAGAUCCUGUAAUACAAGUCUCAAUUGGAACAGCAAAAUAUGAAAGUGCCUAUAGGGCUGUUGUGUGGAAGAUAGACAGACUUCCAGAUAAAAACUCAAGUCCAGAUCAUCCACACAGUCUGUCUUACAAACUAGAACUUGGAUCAGACCAGGAAAUUCCUUCGGACUGGUAUCCAUUUGCUACUGUACAGUUUGUUGUACAUGAUGCGUGCGCCUCAGGGACUGAAGUGAAAUCACUGGGCAUAGAGAGUGAUGUUCAGCCCCAGAAACAUGUGAUUCAGAAAGCUUGCUACAACUGCCAGGUUGAAAUUGAAAAGAAGUGGAUUAGGCUUGAUGGUGAAGACCCAGAUAAGGCUGGCAACUGCCUUAUGCAGUAGGAGAAGAUGAGAAGCUCUCUCCUGUAUUGUUAGAUGUUCUUAAUAGUGCAAACAGUAGGGGGAAAUAUUAGUGGGGGUUGUAGUAAACAUUAGUAAACAUCGCUGGCAAAAAGUACAAUGACCAAGUUUGAGAGAGAUGCAGCAGUUGAAAUCCAGUAUUUGCAAUUUUUGUAAUGUCUUUGGGUCCAGUCCUGAAAACUGUUAUUCAUUUAAUGAGACCUCAUGCAAGCAAGCACUCUGCAGCAAGAAUGCUGAUGUGAAUGAGUUCUGCUGAUACCGCUCUAGGUUUGCUGGACAUGAGCCCUUUGAGAAUUGUAAUAGACAUCUCAAGAAAAUAUCUGUUGCUUAGUUUGCAGCACGGAGCGUGAGACCUUUCCUAAGAUAGCACUGUUAUAAAGUAGUUUGCAUCAGUUGGGUAUAUGGUGCCAGAUCCUUUUCUACCUAUUGGGCAUCCGGGUAUCUAAGUGUAAAUUUAUUCCACCCUGCUCAAAUCUUUGAAAAAACUCAGUGUCACAUUGAUUUCUGUCCAUCUUAGCCUAAAGACAAUGUCACAAAAACUGACAAGGGAAAGGCCCAACCUACCAUUUGCAUUAAGAAUUUUCUAUGGAGUUGAAAAGGGUCUCACAGGAUGCACAUAGACCCAUACUUGCCUAAGUGCCUCUGAGAUCCAUAGUUGAUGCAAUAUGACCCCAUGGCAUUUAGCAGUAAAAGCAUUCCAAGUACCACACAUACAGCAUCUGUACAGGACUUGACAAAGCUAGUUGCAUAUCUGAGUGCACAUUGCAAGCAUGAUCCUGUAUUCCUUCCCUUUCUGUUUCCUUUCUAAGCGCAAGCUUAGAAUUAUUUUCUAUAAAGAGCCUGUAUUAAUGCAUAGGAUGUGGGUGACUUAAGUGGUUGGCUAAGUAAACUUCCUCAGGAAUAACAUUCCUAAUUUUCUUUCUUCUGUGGCUAUAAAUGCUACUUUUGUGGCAUACUCUAGCAUUAUUCAAUGCAAAGUCUUGGGCAGAAGGGCACAACGGACCUGAUUGAAAUUCCCAUGCCCAGACAAGGCAAAUUUAUUUCAGAACUCACAGACCAAACUAAGGUCUGGGUCCUCUGCUAGUGAAAAUGAGCAUAGCCCCAUUACGUUCGGUGAAGUUAUGCUGAUUUAUGCUAGCAGCAGGAUCUGGCUUUUGAAUUGAGAAAGUGGCUGAUCGUUACCAGUUGUUUGUGUUCUUUUGGAUCUCCUUCAAGAUUUGAGUACCAGAUGUUAGUUUGAAAGUAGAGCCUGUUUUGCAUCCCUGUCUUGACAAACUGUUACAGGGGACAUAAACAUACACAGAAAGUGAGAUUUUUCUUUAUGCUGCCAGCUAUAAAGACAUUUUCUACAGUUAAAAAGAAGCAGCAACAGGAAGACUUCCAUACCUAGUAAUGCAAGAAAACUUGUUUGUAAUGCUUCAAAGGCCAGUGUCAGCAUGAGAAGUGACCGGGUGCUUAGAAGUUUAAGCAAGUUUUUAAUGUAUUAAUGAAUUUGGGAGGUGUCUUCCAGUUUUCCCUCAUUGUUUGCCUCUUUUUGGAGCUAUCUGCUUGCUGCAUGGAGAGAUCAGAAGAGAAUAUGAUGAGUUCAGAAAGUUAUGUUGAUAUUUUUUGCCACAGUUAUGCAAAAAUUAUCCUUCCUUCAAACCCAAAUCCUUUGAGAACAAAAAUAUAAUAAUGCACUAAAUCUCACUUUAUACUGUGUCACAGCUAUAGCUGUUUAUAUGGGCAUUGACUACAAAGUUAGAUAAAUGUUAUUCCCCCAAAGUAGAAAUACUCAAGAUAGGUUUUAAAAAAAUGAUUAGUCUGGAAACAAGGCCAUAUCAUGAGCCUCAUUCAACACAAUAAAAGGUUUUUUCCCCCAGGUGAAAGUACAUAACGAAAUGGAUAAUAUAUUUUAAAUUCUGUGUACUUCAUAGCCAAAGUCCAUAUUGUUUCUGAUGAUAUUUUUUGUUUAUAUGUUCCUUAUUGGAACAUUGUUUUAUGAUAAAAGCCCUAUAGUGAAAUAGCAUUACAAACUAGAUUUCAGAUGCUGCAUCUUCUGUGCAUGUUUUGACUGGAGACGCAAUUAACACCUUCAACUUUGUUCAUGUUUAAAUAUAAUUAAUCGAUUUGUUUAUUUGUAUUUACUUGUGG